CAGUGAGGCCAAGUUGACGCCUGCGGCUGACUGUGCACACCACAUUAAAGUGUUUUUCAGUGUUGGAAUGACAUCCAGGCAGAUGGGGGCGUCUGAGGAUGCAUUGAUCCCACUGUUUGUGGGAAAAGAAGGCUGCAACAUCACUUUUGUCCUGGACAGCUCAGAGAGCAUGAGAGCUGUUCUGGGGUCAGUGAAACGGCUGCUGAUCCAGACCCUGCUGACUAAAGCUUCACUCAGAGACUCUCUCUUCAACAUCGUAACGUUCUCAGACAAGGUGAGCUGCUGGUCCCACCACAUGCUUCCCUGUGCUCCUGACACAGUGUACACUGCUCUGUCCUGGAUUCACUCCAUCAGGUGCGGCCCCGGCAGAGGUCUCCUGGCCGCCCUGAGUUUGGCCCUCUCUGACCCGACCUGUCACGCUGUCCACCUGCUCGCCACGGACCUCCCUGACCAGCCGGAGGCCCUGCUGAGAGCUCUGCCCGCCCUGGCAGCCGGGAGGCCUGUGAACACUUUCUAUCUGCAGGAGUCAUACGGUCAGCUGGACGGCAACACAAGAGAUUACCUGCAGUGUCUGACUCAGGCCACAGGAGGAAGCUGUUAUGUGAUUGUAGAUGGUUCCAAUGGGAAACUGGGGAAGCUGCCGGGGGAUCCGUAUCUUUGGACUGUCACAGAGGAUCGUGACUCCUCUCUGGCCAGGAAAGGGUGCUACACUGUUUUUAGAUGA